CUUUAUUCAGGUAAAUCUUGAUGUCCAGAUACUCUAAAAGACAUAGCCAGUUCCCAAAUACUUAGAUAAAUUUGCCCUUUUCCCUAUAUUCAUUGAAGUACUUAAAUGUUCAGUUAAGAACAUGCUUAAAAAUCCAGCAUGUGUAAUUCUCAUUUCAAUAAGUAGGACUCUGACUUGGGCAGAUGUUCAAUGUCUUGGUAGUGACUUGUCCAAAAUUAAUCUGAACACUAUGCUAUGUGUAGGAAUCUUACACAAUUCUUUUUACCUAGAAGACACGCUCAAGAUGGAUACUUAGGAAUAUUUCUCACAAUCAGACCCUGAAAUCACUGAAUCACUGAGGUUGGAAGGGUCCAGUAAGACUGGAAAGAGCACCUGAAGAUCAUCUAGUUCCACUCCACUCAUUUAGAGUGCUUUGCACAAGGUCAACUCCAGGCAGGUUUUGACUGUCUCCAGAGAAGGAGACUUUACAACCUGUCUGGACAACCUGCUCUCACCCUCACAGUCAAAGAUUUUUCUUCAAAUUUAAAUGGAACUUCCUGUGCUACAAUUUGUGGCUGUUGGCUUUUGUCCUGUUGCCAGUCACCACUGAAGAUAGCCUGGCCCUGGCCUCUUGACACCUUCUUUAAGAUUGAGGUAAGAAUUCUGCUGCCUCGUGUCUUUUUAGUAUAAACUCAUAAUAAUGAAGGCUAAGGCAGAAGAUUAAACAUCAGAUAAAAGCUUUCAGAAGAACUUUAUCAUCUACCAGCAGAUAAAAUGCUGUAUUGUGRAUAUAAAUCUGACUUUCUUUUUAAUGCAUUUUUUUAUUGGUCAUGUCAAUCUAAGUGUCUGUUUAAAAACCAAAUGGUAGAUGAUACUAUUAAAAAAAAACUUGAAGUAGAUUUGUAUUUUGCUUUGGGAAAGACAAGAAGUUUCAAUGCAUCUGAAACAGUCACAUAUUGUUUCCAACUCAAAUCUCCAGAAUCAAAAUUGUUCACAAACUGCAUGGUGGAAGUCUGACAAAUAGAAAAUACUACCAAGUGAAGAGAAAAUUUACUUCACAAGAACUGAGUGAACUACUUUUAAAAGCAAUUAACUGAUUAGUGUCAAAACUUUUUAUUCUGUUGUAGUAAGAUUAUUAGCUUAAAACUGGAAAAAAUGAAACAAUUAAAAAGAAAAAGGAAAAGCAAUUUUAGUGUUCAGGAAACGCAAACUCUCCUUAAGGAAAUCAGAAAAAGGAAAGAAGUACUGUUUUCCAAGCAACUUAAUACAACAAUUAAUGAGAUGAAACGAAAAGCUUGGGAGGAAAUAGCAGAAUGUGUGAAUGCUGUAGGUGAAGGAGAGCAAAGAACAGGGACAGAAGUGAAAAGACGGUACCUUGAUUGGAGAGCACUCAUGAGGAGAAAACGUCUGAACGCAAACAUCAAAGUAGUAGGUGCUGGGUUUCACUUUCCUUCAUCUGAUUUAGAUGACUCUCUCAAUGAAGAUAUGGAUGAGAAAAUGGGAUUUGCAAAUGAAAGUAGUUUUGAAUGGCAAAAUGUCACUGACUUGAGAGAAGCAGGUGGACCUUUAACAGAAAUCAAAGUAGAAGAGGAAGAAGAGGAUCCGCAGAGUUUUGAAUUUCCUAUUGAGGAAGAAGAAGAAAUUUUGUCAUCAGUCUUGCCAGAUUCAAAAAAGGAAAAUGACCUGCCAGAUUUCACUCACAUUGAAGAGUUUGGAAAUCUAAGCUCUGCUCAAGCCAGGCUAGUCUAUGAAGAUUCUCACUUGCUUAUAAACCUGGAGAAGCAGAAGGUAGAGCUGGAGAAACAGCGACUAGACAUUGAAGCGGAAAGGCUUCAGGUGGAAAAGGAGCGCCUGCAAAUAGAGAAGGAACGGUUACGGCAUGUCGACUUGGAGCAUGAGAGACUUCAACUGGAGAAGGAGCGACUUCAGAUUGAGCGAGAGAAACUAAGGCUGGCCACUCUGCAGGCUGAAAAACCUGCCCUAGAAAAUGACCUUGCUCAAAUAGAGAAACCCGUCAUGCAGCCUCUGGAUCUAGAAACUGAAAAGUUAAAGCUUGAGAAAGAACGACUGCAGUUAGAGAAAGAAAGGUUGCAGUUUUUAAAGUUUGAGUCGGAGAAGCUGCAGAUUGAGAAGGAACGCUUGCAAGUGGAAAAAGAACGUCUUAGAAUUCAGAGGGAGGGUCACUUGCAGUGAACUCUUUAACUUAAACAUAAAAUGAGUGUUUUGAUGUUUGUAAAAUAGAGGUAGUUCUUUUCAUAAUACUGAAAUUGUCCUAGAGGCUUAAUGUUCUUCUGUCCAGAAUUGAAUGUUGAUGUUUAACUUUUAAAAAUGGAAUAGUGCUCAAAUAAGUCAGUGUGCCUACAUAAAUGGAGCUUAUGUAUGAAGUUGCUUUUCAGUAUAUUGGAGCAAACUGUUAUGUUCACUUGUCUUCAGUAUUGUAUUGUAGUUUGGUGUCCUCUUCCCACAGAUGCACUGAUUUUUUUUUCUUUUUUCUAUACAAUAACAGUAAUUCCCUAAAAUUAAAAGAACCCCAAAAUAAAUUGGCAUAUGUUGUAAGGGCAUGAUGCUGAAGGUAGCCCACAGAGUAAGCAUGUAUAAUUUAACAAAGCAUAGUAAUAAAGAGCUAUGAGAUUGAUUCAUUAUACUUAAUUUCCCCCUUUCAAAGUUUUCUGUCUCAGCAAUUGAAAGAGCAGUUCAGAAAUUAUCUAAGAGGUAGAGAAGUAAAUUCCCUACAGUGAUGUCUACUGUUGUUCCAUGAUCUGAACUGAAUACAAGUGCAAAUGAUAAGCAUAUUCCUUCCAUUUUCAUGAUGUAUUCUUACCAGACUCCAAAGCUGCACAUCAGUAAUACCUAUUAUAAACUGGACUCCUGGAUUUAUCAGGUCCCUAAUAAUGCUGCAUAGAGUAUCUUACAUCUGGCUUAUCUGUCUAGAUAUAGCAUGGGGACUUAGUAACAAGAAGAGCUGCUGUCAGAUCAGUCUCCCUCUCCUGAAGUGAACUGCUCAACCUGGUCUGUUGCUUGAAAGAUCAGUAGCUCAUGAUGGGAGUCUUGGGAGUGAAAUCAAAGGCCGAGCUCAUGUUAACGAGCACUGAGCUGCCUACUCUUGGUGUUAAUUCCGCCUAGACAGGAUCAGCUCAAGAUCAUCUCAAUAAGGCGGCAUAAAGAAGGUUGAAUGACUGAUGCCAUACAGCAUAUAUUAGGGAGGCAGAAAUGACCAUUGUUGAAGGGUGUCAGUUAUUUUUUGUGAUGUAUUUAAAAUAAUAACCAGGAAACUUUCUGUGAUUUCAUAUACAUAUCUCUUUAAAUCCCAACUGAGCCACUCUUUAGGUUUCUCAUCUUUCUAUGAAUGCUAGCUUUUAACUCCAUGUAAAAUUUAAGACUAUCAGAAUACUGAAUCUGAGUAUAUGUUGAGUGAUUUACAUGGAUUAUUGUGCAAGUAAAUAUAUUUAUACCACUACAGGAUUACUUU